AUGGCCGCAUACUCUCAGCGUGUCAACAUGGGUGUAUUAGCCACGCAAAAGCUUUAUUCCUAUACCUCUGGGAGGUUCCUUUUCAAUGAGGAUCUUCGCCUCCGCGAGCGCUUUGUGGAGUUUAACGCCACUGCCCUUUUGCAGGAGACUGAGAAGAUCUUGGGUCCUGCUCAUGGGCAAGUCGCGUCUAUUGGGGGUUUCAAUCGCGUUUUCCUUCUAACUAUGGAUGACGGGUUUGAGGCAAUUCUUAAAAUCCCCUUUCACAUUGCUGGGCCCAAACAAUUUGCCACUGCAAGUGAAGCUGCCACUUUACAACAUCUCCAUUCUAAGGGCAUACCCGUGCCUCAAGUUUAUGGCUAUUCUUCCUGCGCAAACAAUUCUGCUGGGGUCGAAUAUCUUCUCAUGGAAAAGGCCCAAGGCGUGGGCUUGCAGUCAAGAUGGCGGGAUUUGACUAAACGCCAACUGCAUAAGCUUGCAACAAGCUUUGUUGACAUCGAGAAGAAAUUCUUCAACAUUCCUUUUGGGUCUAUUGGGAGUAUCUACUUUAAAACAGAUAUUCCUCCUGAACUCCAGGGGCCGUUAUACACUGAACCGAGCCACGAUUCAGAGACAUUUUGCAUUGGUCCCACUGCGGAUUACAUGUUUUGGUAUGGGAAACUGGCAGAUUUCAAUCUUCAUCGUGGACCAUGGAACGAUCCUAUUGAAUAUUUUCAAUCAAUUGCCCAAAAAGAAGAGUACUGGGCACGACGAUAUGGCAAGCCAGUUGAGCUUGACUUUCCACACAAUGGCAUUUUUCCGGGAGAAAAGAAUCCCGAAGAACACAUUGAUCUUUUGUGCAAAUAUCUUGCAAUGACCCCAUACCUUCUGCCAAAAGAUCCUGCAUUGCAUAAGCCUACUCUUCGUCACCCAGACCUGAACCCAAGCAAUAUAUUCAUUUUACCUGAGACGGGCACUAUUUCUUGCAUCAUCGAUUGGCAACAUACAACAGUGGAGCCACGUCUGUUGGUUGCAGGCUACCCUCGGGCAUUUGAGAACCCAGAUCCUGAAGAAUCACCUGGUUUGAAAGAACCAUCCCUUCCUCUGGAUUAUGACACACUCUCUACGGAAGCGAAGGCGGAAGCUGAUGAGCUUUUUCGACGGCGUCUUCUCUUCUACUACUACCGUAUCUUCAAUGGAGGCUUAAACAAGGCCCAUCUUAAUGCCCUGAGAGAUCCCCUCCUCCGUCCUCGACAACACCUUAUAGAAUGGGCUGGAAGACAGUGGAGUGGAAAUCUUGUAACAUUGAAGGGGGCACUGAUCCGCAUGGCUCAAUAUUGGCCCUAUUUAGAAACAAAAGGAUUGUCUUGUCCUGUUCAUUUCACUGAUGAUGAAACGAAAGAAUUUCUUGGGCAAGAGCAGCAGUGGUUUGAACUGAAUGCAGUUGUGAAUCUCUGGAGAGAGCAAAUUGGUGGAGUUAAUGAAGACGGUUGGGUCAGUAAUGAACAGUACGAAGAGGCCGUACGAAAGGUUGCUGAGCUCAAAGAGUCUCUGAUUGCAUUGGGUGAGGGAGAUCAGGAAGAGAUCAAGCUUCUGGAGAAGGGAUGGCCAUUUAGGGAUCAAGAAGAAAAGUAG